ACACACAACUUUCAGUUAUAUAAUUGUUGUAUUUGUUUUUUCUUUCCCUGUACAUUUAUCAACACUAUCGAAUGCUGAUGACCCGUUCGAGAGGUAGAAUUGGACGUGCAUUGGGCUGCUGAUUCCAACAGAGAUGGCCAUGUUGACGCGCCUAACUAGCAACGGCACAACGACAGUGGCUCCAGGCUCGCCUAAGGGAUUGCAACGCUUCCAGAACUACCUCAGUGCGUUGCUCUGGCCAGGAGGAACUUCACAGCGACGAAAGACGUCCACUCAACAACAACUGGAUGCCAUUGAUUCCUUCACCGAUGAGCUCGUGAAUCGCAAGACACAAAAGUGGGAGGAGUUGCAUGACAAUCUUAUGGCCAAACAAUCGCCCGUUGCCGAGGAGACGAAGACAAAGAAAAAUAGCUUUGGCCAGAACGUUGGCUUAAUGUCAAAGGGAAUGAUGAAUGAUUUGAAGCAGUUGCGUUCUCCGCAACUGGGGUUGGACAUACGUUCGCUGUCGCAGCCACAGUUGGACAAUCUACUACUAGCCACGCUGGAGAUCAAGAAUAAAGUGGAUUUCCUAUACCUAAUCCGUCAGUGUGUGCGCUGGCAUCUCUUGCCCUGCAACGAGGUGUUCAUCGCCUGUCUCAAGUAUUUGAGCAAUAUGGGUCGCAUGCAGCAGCUGGACUCGCUGGCCGAAACAUGCCGACAAUUGAAGCAUCCCUUUUCCAUCACUUACUCGGAUUUGGCGCCAUUCAAGGCCCUGGCUUUAUGGCAGAAUGGCAACGCCGAUGUCGCCCUUAUGACGCUGCAUCGUGGCUACUCUGCUGCCUUAAAAAACGACGAGGGAAGGCGCUCGAUGCGUUGCGCUUUUCGCUCAAUUGCCGAGGACACUUUGGCUCAGAAGUCGGAGGCUGUCUUGAUCUCGCUGACGGAGGUGGCACGCGCCAUACACCGGGAGCACAACGACAUCUUUGUGGUGGGAUGUGUGUGGAAGCAGUGCUUCAUUAGCAGUUGGUUCAGUGAUCAAAAGUAUGCCGAAGAACUCUUUGAGAGCUUUCCCGAUCUGCAAAGUUUGGUGGCUCGCCGGGCAGAUGGAUUAUGUGACUCAUUUCUGGGUCAUCACAAUGUGGAUGCAGUCCAUCGUUUGAUUGAAGUAUUCCUAGAGCACAAUCAACGCGAGGCUUGCUCUCUCAGCUUACGCAGACUCUUUGGCUAUCAAUAUGAUCGCAAGGACUUGCGCGCAUGCGCUGAGAUUGUCAAGUCGUGCAGCGAACUAGAGAUGCCAUUGAAAGAAGAGCAAAACGAGCAGUUCCUCAGUCUGUUCCUCGACAGCUCGGAUCCCUUUGAGACGGGCAAGGCGAGCAGCAACAGCCACAGCAACCACAACAGCAAUGGAAUUGUGGCCAACAAGUAUAAGCCCAAAUCGUUUCAGUACAAAUUUUAAGUGGCGCUUUUUGUUGCCCAAUUUCGUUGUAGUUGUAGUUGUUGAAUCCAUCUGUGGAUUCGUUGUAGCAAACUCUUACCACUUUCCAAAUAAAUGUUGUGCAGCCACUCUCAGUUGGUCAUUCAGCACCCGAUAAUCAA